AUGAUUCAUUUACCACUUUUUAUAGUAUUGACAUUACUGUUGGUACUUUACAACAUUAUACGCUUUUACCGUAAGCAGGUAAUUAAAAGAAAGUACAAAUGUCAGAAAAUACCUAAUGCUCAAACAUCAACAUUCUUGUCUUAUCUUGGUCUUGAGUUUAUAGUGAACUAUAACAAGAUUCAAGAAGAAGGCCGAAUCCACCAGAAUAUGUAUAAGCAGUUCAAAGAUUUAAAGACUUCCACAUUGGCACAAACGAUGCUCUUCCUGAAGGUGGUAUUUACUACAGAUCCAGAAAAUUAUAGAUACAUGUCCAGCUCGGCCAAUUUUAACAAUUGGACGAUUGGUGACAGACCAGAUGCGUUUGACCCCCUACUUGGAGACGGCAUUUUUUCAAGCUCCGGGGAGAGCUGGAAACACAGUAGAAUUAUGCUCAGACCUUUUUUUAGUAAAGACCAUAUAAAGCAAAUUGAAUAUAUGGAGCCGUACGUGAAAGAUGUUGUAAGGCUCAUUAACAUAUACCAAAGGGAUGGUGUAGUGGUUGAUAUGCAAGACAUUUUCCAAUACUUUACAAUCGACUAUGCCACAAAGUUUCUUUUAGGUGAAAGCUGUGAUACGUUGAAGGAUGCACUUGACGAGCCCACUUCUGUCACUAUUGACCCAGAAUUGAAAUCUCGAUUUGCAAAAGCGUUUGAUAUUUCACUGAAAUACUUGAUGUUGAGAGUUUCAUUAGGAAAGCCGUUAAUGUGGCUUGUAAACCCAAAGGAGUUGAGAGAGGCAAACAAGAUCCAGCAUGAUUUUGUUAGGUACUAUAUAAAUAAAGCAUUAGCUAUGAAUGAGGAAGAGUUGAACAAGCAUUCAGAUAAUGGAAACUGUUUUCUUUAUGAGAUUGCUAAACAAACGAAGGACCCAAAAAUUUUGCAAGAUGAAGUUAUGAGCAUAAUCCUUGCUGGGCGAAAUACAACAAGUUCGCUUUUGUCGUUUUUGUUUUUUGAACUCUCGAGAGACGCAAAUAAGGAGAUUCUUAAAAAACUUGUUGAUGCAGUGAGGUCCAACUUUGACUCCAUUGAGUCAAUUACUUAUGAAAAAAUUCAUAACUGCGAUUACUUGCGCUGGUGCUUGUAUGAAACACUCCGUUUCCAUCCAUCGGUGCCACUUGCUUCCAAGACUGCCGCAGUUGAUACAAUUUUACCAAAAGGUGGUGGCUUGGACAACGAGUCUCCAGUAUUUGUACCUAAGGGCCGAAGGGUUGUAUAUCCACUCUACACGGCCAACAGAAAUUCGAAAUUUUUUGGAUCAGAUACUGAAGUCUAUAGACCUGAAAGGUUUGCUGAUCUACCAAAGAGUGGAGGACCUGCUUUCAUGCCAUUCAGUACUGGUCCAAGAUUAUGCCUUGGUCAACAAUUGGCAUUAACCGAGGCCAGCUAUAUUACAAUCAGGUUGUUGCAGACAUUUGAUAUCAUUGAAAAAGUAGGAGAUGAACCAUAUCCACCAAGAACCUCGUCGUCUGCUACAAUGAGGUUGAUGGAUGGUGCCAAGGUCAGAAUGAGAACAUCAUCUUCCACAACACCAUAA